AUGAAGAGAAUAACACGUAAGCGCCACGUCAACGAACUAAUCAUUGUUCAUCAUCAUCUUCAUGCAAUGCAAAUGCAUAAAGUUCGCGUCUUUCGAGAUUUUAGUUGCGGUUUACCGUCUGGGAUUUUUGGGAAUUACUGCACAAUCAUGCCACCGGCACUGUCGGAUCCGUUGUCAGCGACUGCGGCGAGCUCGGGUGCCGUUUUGCAGCGAUCGGCGCCGGAGAAAUUGCGCUUCGAAGGUCUUAGAGGUUUGCGGUGGCGGAUAAAUCUUGGGGUGUUGCCGUGCUCCACUUCGACUUCAAUUGAUGAUCUUCGCCGUGUGACCGCUAAUUGUAGAAGAAGGUAUGCUGGCUUGAGGAGGCGCCUUCUGGUUGAACCACAUGUUCCAAAGGAUGGAACUAAUUCACCCAAUCUUGUUAUUGACAAUCCACUUUCACUAAAUCCAGGUAAAUCUGAGUUUUUCUCACUCUAUUUAAGCGCGUUCCUUGGAGUUAAAUCGUUAACCUAA